CAUCACUUUCUCCCGCUCUCAUUCACACAUUACACCGCAUUAAACACAAACAAUAUAUACUCGCUAGUCAUAUACCGAGUUCCAUUUCAUUCCUCGCGUGCUCUUACACCCUCAAGCUGGCUGAAUCACUAUUGACGAUAACACUACCCUUUUCACUCUCCAAACUGACUGAUAACUAUUACAUAAAUAAACCAAAACCAUGUUGCUUGAAAUCUCUUGUGCCUCCGACUUCCUGGGCCGUUUCUUGACUGCGUCGACAGUAUGCACCCCGCAGAUCAUCGACAGCUUCAAGAAAGAGAUUGCAACAUUAAUGCAAGAGAAAUAUACCAACCAUUGGGAUCCACAGAGACCCCAUUAUGGCAACGGGUAUAGAGCCAUUACCUCCUUUAGUGGCAAAGUGGAUCCUCUUUUGUGCCAGGCUGCUCAGAAGAGCUCGCUGCCCAUGGAGACGCUGCAGGGUCUGAUCCCUAGGGAUUUGGUGCUCUGGGUCGAACCUUAUACGGUUUCUUUUCGCAUUGGCGAUCAUGGUUCCAUCAAUACCAUCUACGACGGAACGCGUGGCAAGGUCUCUAUGAAGGCUGACAACUCUUCUUUCCCAUCAAAGAUCAUGGGUCGCCCUUCGUCUGCUGUUCGUAUUUCUCCUCCGCCUUCUCCACCUAAUGUUCCUGCUCGAGUCUCACACGCCAUCCCAAUCACCAGUCCAUUGACUAAGAGCCAGAUCAUCACCCCCAGUGCUACUCCUUCGCCUCCUUCCAGCAAACUAUCGAUCAUGUCGUCGGUCUAACGUCCAAAUAAUCAAC